AAGCACAUCAGCCUUAAAUUGCAUUUGCAUCUCCACUGAACCGAAAGCUCCGAUAAGCGAAAUGGAGGCUAACUUUAUCGCCGGCGAUCGGCCGACGGUGAUGGUGACGAACGACGAUGGAAUUGAUGCGCCGGGAUUGAGAGCUCUAGUUAGUGUGCUUGUUUCCACCAAUCGCUUUCACGUCCUCGUUUGUGCUCCUGACUCUGAAAAGUCAGCUGUUAGUCAUAGCAUUACCUGGCGUAAUGCCCUUUCUGUUAAGCAAGUUGACAUCAGCGGAGCAACAGCGUUUGCAGUUUCAGGAACUCCAGCAGACUGCACUUCCCUGGGAAUCUCUAAAGCUCUUUUCCCUUCAGUACCUGAUCUGGUUAUCAGUGGUGUUAAUAUGGGUGACAACUGCGGCUAUCACAUAGUAUACUCGGGUACAGUGGCUGGCGCUAGGGAGGCUUUCUUCAAUGGUAUUCCUGCUGUGUCUGUAUCAUAUAAUUGGGUUCGUGGAAAAAGCAAUGUUAAUGACUUCACACUGGCUGCUAAGGCUUGCGUACCCAUCAUCAGCGCUAUACUGGCUGAAAUAAAGACAAAACACUAUCCCCAAAAUUGCUUUCUCAAUAUUGAUGUGCCAACAGAUGUUGUCAAUCACAAGGGAUACCGUCUUACCAGACAAGGAAAAAGUUUUGUGAAAAUGGGAUGGAGGCAAGUUACUUCUGAAAGAGAAGGAGGAAACGUUUUGUCCACAAUGACUAUGGAGAUGAAUUCAUCAGAAAGUACAGAUGCUAGAGCCUUGAAAAAUGUACCAUUAGAUCAUCUACUGUUUAAGAGACGAGUUACAAGAAUUUUAGUGGAGAAUGGUGAUACAGACUACUGUUCUCUCCAAGAAGGAUACAUUACUGUCACACCCCUUGGCGGCUUGUCUCCAGCAGAGCCAGAUGCUGUUUCAUUCUUUCAGAAUUGGCUGCCCAGUGUUGUUGAUCAUUACCCUUCCUCUGCUUUGUAGUUCUGUUAUCAUUGAACAAUUUGCCAGAUGAAAAGUUUUAGAGAUGAAAUGUUUCCUCAACAACAACAAAAAAAGUUUGUAGAGAUGAGAUUAAUGGACUCAAGGGACUGAAUGAUGAGUCUGCACGGAUUGGAAUUGUGCAUUUGCAUGUCAUUUCAAUGUGGGCGUCUUCUCCCUGGUUAGAAUUCAGAUGUGUCUUUGUUUCAUUUUCUGCAAGAUAUUCUCUAUUAUGUUUCAUAGACAUUUACUUAAGAUCAUAAAAUUUGUAAAGUUGUCCUGUUUUAAGUUUCACAUGUAAGGGAGAAGUAAAUAUAAGUUGCCUGUUUUUAAGGAGAUCAAAUCUGGAAUCAAAAAAUAAAUGGUGUGGUUUACCAUGUGUUUAUUGUUAAAUGAUAAAAAUGUUUGGUGGUUA